AUGGCCUCAUUUCUCCCUCAGGCACAGGAAAAACAACUGCAACCACUGCAAGAUCGAAAUCACAAGACACGCCCUCGAUUUCAAGUGGCAAACACACAGUUUGCUGGCCGAAUUGGUGCUAAUCAAGAGUUUUCCGCCCACGUUCUGGAGGAGACAGAGCUGUUACGGAAGACUCCCGAUGCCGCCCCGCUGGUGCCAUGGAGGCAGAUGAUAUGCCUAAACCAGUUCAUUCAGCUUAACAUAUGGAAAGCUGCAUUUACUGAAGGUGUGGGACCAGUAGUAUCAAGCCUAAUAGGUGGUCUACUCAAUAUCCUUACUAUUCCUCUAUUCAUUUUUGCAGCUGGUCCUGUAUCUGGAGGUCAUGUAAACCCUACAAUCACUAUCGCGACAUUCUGCGCUAGGUUAUCUACCUUCCCGCGAAGCAUUCUCUACAUUAGCUUUCAGUUACUCGGGGCAACGGUUGCUGGCUACCUAUUGAGGAGUAGCUUUGACACUCGAUCUUUUGUCAUUCCUGGAUGCGUCAUAGACACUUCUUUAGUGUCGGUAGGAAGCGCGUUUACCAUCGAAGUUACGACCGAUUUCAUGCUCAUCUUCCUCUCAUUCAGCGUGGGCCUCGAUCCACGUCAAAGACAAGUGUUUGGUCCAGCCCUUGGUCCUAUAUUUGUUGGUAUUAUUCUCGGAAUUACCAGCUUUGGGACUGGAUACAGUAAAGUCGGAUUCACUGGCUUUGGCUCACCUAAUAUUUGCCAGGUGGAAAUCCUGCUAGGUGUUUCGGUGCUAUGGUCGGCUCACAUUUUACUUCCUAUCAUUGGAUACACUGGGUUGGGCCUAUUGUGGCCUCAAUCCUUCACGGGCUCAUGUAUUAUUUUAUUCCGCCAUACCAAUACAGUGUAUGAGCGUCAGUGA